CUCUCUCUAGACCCAUUCAUUGAGUUGAGAGUCAUCGACGUUCUUCUUUGCACAUCAACUUUUUCUCUCUCUCUUGAACACUUUGCAAGAAGAAGAAAAAAAUCGGAUUUUUCGUUUCAGGGUCUGUUGUAAAAGAUGACUGUGGAACAAAAUUUCGAAGCUUUGGAUCAGUUUCCUAUAGGAAUGAGAGUUCUUGCUGUUGAUGAUGACCAGACUUGUCUCAGAAUCCUUGAAUCUUUGCUUCGUCACUGCCAAUACAAUGUUACAACGACGAACCAAGCACAAAAGGCAUUAGAGUUAUUGAGAGAGAACAAGAACAAGUUUGAUCUGGUUAUUAGUGAUGUUGACAUGCCUGACAUGGAUGGUUUCAAACUCCUUGAGCUUGUUGGUCUUGAAAUGGACCUACCUGUCAUAAUGUUGUCUGCGCAUAGUGAUCCAAAGUAUGUGAUGAAGGGAGUUACUCAUGGUGCUUGUGAUUAUUUGUUGAAACCUGUUCGUAUUGAGGAGCUGAAGAACAUAUGGCAACAUGUUGUGAGAAAGAACCGUGGGAGUAAUAAUGGUGAGAAGAGAGAUGGAUCGGGUAAUGAAGGUGUUGGUAAUUCUGAUCAGAACAGUGGGAGAGCUAAUAGGAAACGUAAAGAUCAGUAUAAUGAAGAUGAGGAUGAGGAAAGAGAUGAUAACGAUGAUUCGUCAGCUGCAAAGAAGCAACGUGUUGUUUGGACUGUCGAGCUGCAUAAGAAGUUUGUUGCAGCUGUUAAUCAGUUGGGAUAUGAGAAGGCUAUGCCUAAAAAGAUUUUGGAUCUGAUGAAUGUUGAGAAGCUCACUAGAGAAAAUGUGGCUAGUCAUCUUCAGAAAUUUCGACUUUACUUGAAGAGGAUCAGUGGUGUGACUAAUCAACAAGCUAUUAUGGCAAACUCUGACUUACAUUUUUUGCAAAUGAGUUCUUCUCUCAAUGGACUUGACAGUUUCCACCACCGCCCUAUCCCUGUUGGACCUGGUCAGUUCCAUGGUGGGGCUCCCCCAAUGAGACCGUUCCCUUCAAAUGGGAUUCUUGGCCGACUCAAUACUCCUUCAGGGAUCGGUGUGCGCAACCUUUCUUCUCCUCCUGCAGGAAUGUUCUUGCAAAACCAGACUGAUCUCGGAAAGUUUCACCAUGUCUCCUCAUCACUUCCUCUCAAUCACAGUGAUGGAGGAAACAUACUUCAAGGGUUGCCAAUGCCUUUAGAGUUCGACCAGCUUCAGGCAAACAACAACAACAACAACAACAAUAACAACAACAUUAGAAAUAUGAACAAUAACAAGAGCAUUGCAGGGAGCUCCAUGGCUUUUCCUAGCUUCUCUACACAUCAAAACUCACUCAUCCGAGCUCCUAAUAACAAUCUCGUGGUUCUAGAUGGUCACCCACAAGCAUCUCCUCCAGGCUUUCCGGGACACCAGAACAACAAACGUUUGGAGCAUUGGUCAAACGCUGUAUCCUCAUCAACUCUUCCUCCUCCCCAGACCAGUAAUAGCAUCCAUCAUCAGUUCGAUGUCUCCCCAUUACCGCAUUCUAGACCCGACCCUUUGGAAUGGAACAACGUUUCAUCAAGCUACUCUAUACCAUUCUGUGACUCUGCCAGCACAAUGAGUCCUCAAGCCUUGGAUACACCAAAUCCAGGAGCUUUCAGCAGAAACACAGAUUUCAAUUCAAAUGCAAAUGCAAAUGCGCAACCUGGAGGCUUUUAUGAUUCAUUGCAGAUGAGACAAUCAGGCAAUUACGGUCCAACAACUGAUGCUAUGUUGAGUACUAACCCGAAAGAAGGGUUUGUUGUGGGGCAGCAGAAGUUACAGAGUGGUGGUUUCAUGAGUGCAGAUGCUGGCUCCUUAGAUGAUAUAGUCAACUCCACAAUGAAGCAGGAACAAAGCCAGGGAGAAUUGUCUGGAGGAGAUUUGGGAUAUGGUGGCUUUAGUUCACUCAGAACAUGCAUAUGAGAGAACAACAUUUAUCUUGUGAUUGCUUUUUAUCUCUUUUUUUUUUCAUCUUUUUGUGUAUUGAAACUGUAAACUAUUUGUUUUUUUUUUUCCCACUGGUUCUAGCAAUUUAGGACUCCAAAGAAGAAAUAAUAAAGAAAAGAAUUCAUAAAUAAACUUUUAUUUUUUACUUAUUGUAAAGUCUCAUCAUUUGUAUU